UGGAACGCCCCCUCCCCGGCGACCCGUUCUUCGUCCGGACGAAAGGGGACGGAGGAAAGCGGGUGGGGGUCGCCUAGCGGGGGAGAAACUGCGAGGCUGCACGACCGGAAAAGCGCUGCGGGUCCCGCUCGACCCCAGAUCUUUAUGCCUGGAAGCGCUCUGCACAUGCUCGGGAGCACCCUCUCGGUUCCGGAGCCAGGGACGGUGACUUAGUUUAACUCCUGUAGCCUGCGCCUACUAGGUGUUGCCGCUGCCGAUUCGGCCUCCCUCUCUUGCGGUCGCCCCAGCAAGCCCGGAUUGCGGUCUUGGCGGCCGAGAGCCCCGCCCGCCCGAGCCGCUCCUCGGAAGCCGCGCUGCAACCGGCAAGGAAGGGCGGCUUCUUGCAGCAAUGCCAUUUACAGUGAGAUUAAUCCCUCUCCCGUUUUUUUAAUAUCCCCAACCAAUCCUCCCUCCCUGUGGAGGUGGAUCUCCCAGCUGUCAAACGCAUGGUCUUCUGGGAGUUGUAGUCCUCCUGUGACAUGCCUGCUUCCUAUCCCCAGUGGGUAAAGCACUUGCAAAGGAAGGAGGGGAAAAAUAUUAAUGCCAAAAAAGUGUCUGUGCGUGUGUAUGUGGAGAAGUCUUCUGUAAGACCGAGACUACAUUCCCCAUGGUGCACCGGGCUCAAAGGAGCUGGACUGUGAUUGGCCCCCCUUGCUGCAAGCUGCUCGAGAAUGAAUAAAAUUGUACAGUAUAUUCCGAUGUGAGAGGUAAAAAAGGGGGGGCUGGGAAAAAGAAAAAGAAAGAGAGAAAAGAAAGGGGGAUCUGUGGUUUCUCCCACCAGCCCAGCCAGGCUGGGUGAGGCAUUUUCUCCCGUAUCAAAAUGGCCACAGCUGUGCACAAGUCUAUCAAAUGCCUGGGCGAGGAUUUCUACCGAGAAGCCAUCGAGCACUGCCGUAGUUACAACGCCCGCCUGUGCGCCGAGCGCAGCAUGCGCCUGCCAUUCCUGGACUCGCAGACAGGGGUCGCUCAGAACAACUGCUACAUCUGGAUGGAGAAGACCCACCGGGGCCCAGGUGCGGACAUGCCCGCUGGGCACUGCCUGGCACCCGGUCAGAUCUACACCUAUCCAGCUCGCUGCUGGCGGAAGAGACGGCGGUUGAACAUCCUGGAGGACCCACGGCUGCGGCCCUGUGAGUUCAAGAUUGAUUGUGAGCCUCCCCUGAAGAAGGAGGCCUCUCUCCCAGAAGGGCCUGUCCUGGAGGCCCUGCUCUGUGCCGAGACGGGAGAUAAGAAGCCGGAGCUGAAGGAGGAAGAGCUGAUCUUAGACUGCCCGAAGGCUCCUCUUGGCGAAUUUCUGCACGAUUUGGAUCCUGAAGAUCUGGAGGAGGAUAUCCCCCGGCGGAAGAACAAGGCCAAGAACAAGGCCUAUGGGAUUGGAGGGUUGCGGAAGAGGCCAGAGACGGCCCUGAUGGAGGACCGGGACAAGCCCUACGUGUGUGACAUCUGCGGAAAACGCUACAAGAACCGCCCUGGACUCAGCUACCACUACACGCACACACACUUGGCGGAAGAGGAAGGUGAGGAGGGCCCGGAGCGGCAUACCCUGCCCUUCCACCGCAAGAACAACCACAAACAAUUUUACAAAGAACUGAACUGGGUCCCAGAGAACCAGCGCAGGCACACAGCUAAGAAAGCUCCGGAUGGGACAGUCAUACCAAAUGGUUAUUGUGAUUUCUGUCUAGGCGGCUCCAAGAAGACUGGCUGCCCAGAGGACUUAAUCUCCUGUGCUGAUUGUGGACGCUCAGGGCACCCGUCGUGCCUGCAGUUCACGGUGAACAUGACGGCCGCUGUGCGGACCUAUCGCUGGCAAUGCAUCGAGUGCAAAAGCUGCAGCCUCUGUGGCACUUCAGAAAAUGACGAUCAGUUGCUCUUCUGCGAUGACUGUGACCGCGGCUAUCACAUGUACUGCCUGAGUCCACCGAUGGCUGAACCCCCUGAAGGGAGCUGGAGCUGCCAUCUGUGCCUGAGGCAGCUGAAAGAGAAAGCCUCUGCCUACAUCACCCUGACCUAGGCUGCAGCCUCAAGGCCCCCCCUCCCCGCCAGCCUCAAGGCCUCCCCAGGGGCUGGAAUUGUACUGCAGGCCAUACCCGGGAGCAAUGCAGGACCUCCACCCGUGACUAAGAGGAGCAUCGAGGUCUGGCACCCAAAAUGUUGAUGGGGCUCCUGCAGUGGGGUCUGGCACUUGCCACCUCCUGGCUCCACCUAGGCCACCCCAAUGGGGACAGUCCACACAAAGCCAUAUGCCGGGGGGGGGGCAGAGACCAGCCCCUCUGCCCUGGUUGUGGGGGGGGGGGUGAAGCUCCAUCCUCCAGACGGAUGCAUGUGAUGAAAUUGUUUGCCUUUGCUUGCAAGUCCAGAGGCUGGCUACCUGGAGGGGAGGGGGGGCGUCCUGGCUGUGGACCGUCUUCCUGCCCAUGGGAGCAACUUGCAAGGCCUUUGACCAGCCGGCGGGACUGGGGUUGGGCUGGGGGAGGGAGAGCCAAGAGCAAUGGGGGGUGGUAACCACUAAGCUGUUGCAAGGCUGGGGGUGUGUGUGUCUCUUUAUGAUUUUAAAGGUGGGGGGAGAAGAAAGUUUUAAAAGGGCAGCCUUGAAAUAGGGUGGGUGAGCUACUCCAGGGACAAGCGCCUGGGAGUAGCCAGAGGCCUGUGGGGGCCUUGCCCUGCCAACCUCUUGUGUACCUGUGUUGUUCCGUUGCCUGCAAUUUUUGUGUGCUUGGAUUGUUAUGUACAUUAAAUGUGGUCAGAAUCGCU